UCAAAUCUUGCUCUUUUAGAAAGAAUAAAAAAUGCACUUAUACCAACUCACACUGCAGAAGUCAUCAGCAAUUUACAAUGCUGUCCAUGGCAACUUUUCUGGCACUAAACUUCAGGAAAUAGCUGUUUCUCGAGGAAAGGUAUUGGAGCUUUUACGACCUGAUCCAAAUACUGGUAAAGUUCAUCCUCUGUUUGCCACAGAAAUAUUUGGAGUUAUACGUGACCUAAUGGCUUUCAGAUUGACAGGAGGAACGAAAGAUUACCUUGCAGUUGGUUCAGAUUCUGGACGAAUUGUCAUCUUGGAAUAUCUUCCAGCAAAGAAUUGUUUUGAAAAAGUACAUCAAGAAACCUUUGGAAAAAGUGGAUGCAGGAGGAUUGUCCCAGGUCAAUACCUCGCUGCUGAUCCGAAAGGUCGAGCUAUCAUGAUAGGUGCUGUUGAGAAACAAAAAUUUGUUUAUAUUUUAAAUCGAGAUGCACAAGCAAGGUUGACUAUUUCUUCACCUCUUGAUGCACACAAAUCACACAACAUCGUCUUCCACACUGUGGGUAUUGAUGUUGGCUUUGAAAACCCCAUGUUUGCAUGCCUAGAGUUGGAUUACGAAGAAGCAGAUGUGGACCAUACUGGUGAAGCUGCACAGGCUGCGCAACAGACACUAACCUUCUACGAACUUGAUCUUGGUUUGAACCAUGUUGUCAGAAAAUAUAGUGAACCUUUGGAAGAAUUUGCAAAUCUGUUAAUUUCAGUACCUGGUGGUAAUGAUGGUCCAAGUGGUGUCCUAGUCUGUUCUGAGAAUUAUCUAACCUACAAAAAUUUUGGUGAUCAGCAAGAUAUAAGAUGCCCAAUCCCAAGAAGAAAGAACGACCUGGACGACAAUGAGCGCAGCAUGAUUUUUGUAUGUAGUGCAACAUACAAGACAAAGUCCAUGUUCUUCUUCUUGGUGCAAUCCGAGCAAGGCGAUAUUUUCAAAGUUACUUUAGAGACAGACGAAGAUAUGGUGACAGAAAUACGCAUUAAAUAUUUCGACACAAUUCCGGUUUCUUCUGCGUUAUGCGUUUUGAAGACUGGCUUUUUGUUCAGUGCAUCAGAGUUUGGUAACCAUGCUCUGUAUCAGAUUACUCAUCUUGGUGAUGACGAUGAAGAGCCGGAGUUUUCUUCGGUAAUGGCAUCUGAAUUGGAUGAGGGUGAAACAUUUUUCUUUCACGCAAGAGAUUUACAAAACUUGGUUUUGGUUGAUGAAAUGGAAAGUCUUGCGCCAAUCAUGCAUUGUCAGGUUGCCGAUUUGGCUAACGAAGACACUCCUCAAUUGUAUGCAGCUUGUGGAAGAGGUCCAAGGUCAUCGCUUCGUGUCUUAAGGCAUGGUUUGGAGGUGUCUGAAAUGGCAGUGUCAGAAUUACCUGGAAAUCCAACAAGUGUAUGGACAGUAAAGAAAAAUAUUACAGACGAGCAAGAUUCUUACAUUGUUGUGUCUUUUGUAAAUGCUACGUUGGUGUUAAGUAUUGGUGAAACAGUCGAAGAGGUGACAGAUAGUGGUUUUCUUGGGACCACGCCUACCCUCUCGUGUUCAUUACUCGGUGAAGAUGCUUUACUUCAGAUCUAUCCUGAUGGAAUUCGUCAUAUUCGUUCGGACAAAAGAGUAAACGAAUGGAAAACACCUGGAAAGAAGAGCAUCAUUCGCAGUGCGGUAAACGAGCGACAAAUUGUCAUUGCAUUAACUGGAAACGAGCUUGUUUACUUCGAGCUGGAUCAGUCUGGUCAACUGAACGAGUACACUGAGCGAAAAGAGAUGAGCGCUGAUGUUGUUUGCAUGGCGUUAGGGCCAGUACCGACAGGCGAACAAAGAUCAAGGUUUUUAGCUGUUGGGUUGAGUGACAACACUGUCAGGAUUAUAUCAUUAGAUCCGAAUGACUGUCUAGAACCACUUAGUAUGCAGGCUCUUCCUGCAGCUGGUGAAUCACUUUGCAUCAUUGAGAUGGGUGGUGCAGAAACAGGCGACAAAGCAACGACUGGUAAUGUGGGCGGCCAUUUUCUUAAUAUUGGCUUAUCAAAUGGUGUCUUGCUGCGAACAGUGUUAGAUACUGUGACGGGUGAUCUUUCUGAUACACGAAUCAGGUAUUUGGGUUCGAAACCUGUGAAAUUGUUUAAUGUAAGAACUUAUGGUUCAAGCUCGGUUCUAGCUAUGUCGAGCCGAACAUGGUUGAGUUACACCUACCAAUCCCGUUUUCAUCUCACUCCACUCUCGUACGAGUCUCUGGAAUACGCCUCAAGCUUUGCCUCAGAGCAAUGUCCAGAGGGUAUUGUGGCAAUUUCAGCAAACACGCUAAGGAUUUUGGCGUUAGAGAAGUUGGGCGCAGUGUUUAACCAAGUAACCACGCCUUUGAGCUAUACACCGCGAAAAUUCACUAUCGACAUGAAGACAAGCACGUUAAUAUUAAUCGAAACCGACCACAACGCUAUGACAAAAGCUGCGAAAGCUGACCGAAAGAUGGCCUUAGCUCAGGAAAUGGUGGAUGCUUGUGGUGAUAACGAGGCCGCGCGGGCUGCAGAAUCGCAAGUGGCUGCAAAUUUCUUGAACACUGACAUGCCUGAGGUGCAAUUUGGUGCACCCAAAGCUGGCCUCGGGAAGUGGGCGUCUAUCAUUCGCGUAAUGGAUCCAAUACGAGGAGAAACAUACCACGAGAUACAACUGGAGCAAGAUGAAGCAGCCUUUUCAGUUUGUGUAGCCGAAUUCUUAACUCGACCUGGCGAGCGUUUUGUUAUUGUCGGCUGUGCAUAUAAAAUGACGCUGACGCCACACAAUUGUUUAACGGCUUCCAUACACACGUACCGCAUGUAUCAAAACGAUCGUGGAAAGAUUCAAUUGGAAUUUCUGCACAAAACACCCGUGGAUGAUAUUCCAUCUGCGGUCACUCCGUUUCAAGGACGGAUUUUAGUGGGCGUCGGGCGUAUUCUGCGUAUCUACGACAUGGGCAAAAAGAAAUUAUUACGCAAGUGUGAAAACAAGAAAAUUUCUUCUUUCAUCAACGGAAUUGACACGAUUGGCUACCGUAUAAUUGUCCAUGACAUUCAAGACUCGUUUCACUUCUUGAAGUACAAGCGCAAAGAGAAUCAACUCGUCCUGUUUGCCGACGACGUCAGCACGCGGUUUUUGACCUGCGGCUGUCUAAUGGAUUACGACACUAUGGCCGGCGCCGAUAAAUUCGGUAAUGUAUUUUUCGUCAGAUUACCACAAGACGUAAAAGAUGACAUUGAGGAAGAUCCGACAGGAGUUAAAGCUUUAUGGGAUAGGGGCUUGUUAAAUGGAGCUUCGCAAAAGGCUGACACCGUAUGCAUAUAUCACGUUGGUGAAACCAUUCUCUCUCUACAAAAAUCUACACUGAUACCUGGCGGUUCGGAAUCGCUUGUUUACACCACGUUGUCUGGUGGUGUCGGAAUGUUAGUCCCUUUUACUGGACGAGAGGAUAUCGACUUUUUUCAACAUUUGGAGAUGCACAUGCGGCAAGAAAAUCCGCCCUUGUGUGGGCGUGAUCAUUUGUGGUAUCGCUCAUCAUACGCCCCUCUAAAGAAUGUUGUGGAUGGCGAUCUGUGUGAGCAGUUUAAUUCACUUGAAUACAGCAAACGAAAAACAAUCGCGGAAGAAUUGGAUAGAACUCCAGCUGAGGUUUCGAAAAAGCUCGAAGAUAUACGUACACGAUACGCAUUCUAAACGAUCUUCGCGUCUGAACGUUUUUGCAGCAAAAAUGUGAGCACGAAAAGAAGAUUAGUUUGGUCUCGAUGUAUCGGUUUGGUCUCGAUGUACCAGUUUGGUAAAGACAGAAAGACAUUUCUAAACAGGCAUAAUUUGAUGUCUAGUUUUUUUUAUUCUUAUUUUAUUUGUUUGAACUAAUCAUAAACGCUAUUCUUAGCACUGCUUAGAGUUCUAGCAUCGAAAGGAGGGUCCCGGUUUUCGUUAAAUGUCAAAAAUGUUGGAUUGAUAACCGUUACAAAAAGUUCGAUAUUAAUUCGAAAUUUUACCAAGAAAUGAGAAAAUUACAAAAUAAUUGUAUAUUGUGAAAAAAUGGGAAAUAUAUUGUCACAAUAAAAA